AUGUGGUGGGGGGGCCGGGGCCAGAGUUUCAACAUUGCCCCCCAGAAGGAGGAGCCAGAGAUGGGGCUUUCCAGACCAAAGUCUGUCCAGGGAAGCAGGAUGCCGGAGCUCAGGAGUCGUCAUCUCAGCGGUUGCUUGGCCUCUCGAUGCCUCCCAGGGGAGCAGAUCCUAGCAUGGGCUACAGGAGUGAGGAAGGGGCUGGAACCUGAAUUGUCUGGAACCCUGAUCUGUACAAACUUUAGGGUCAUCUUCCAGCCCUGUGGAUGGCAGCGGAGUCAGGAGACUCCCCUGAGCAGUGAAUAUGAUUUUGCCCUUGUCAACAUUGGGCGAUUAGAGGCUGUGAGUGGCUUGUCCCGAGUCCAGCUCCUCCGUCCAGGGUCCCUGCUCAAAUUUAUCCCUGAGGAGAUUCUGAUUCAUGGCCGAGACUUUCGGCUGCUCAGAGUUGGUUUCGAGGCUGGAGGACUAGAGCCUCAGGCUUUUCAGGUGACCAUGGCCAUUGUCCAAGCCAGAGCUCAGAGCAGUCAAGCCCAACAGUAUGCGGGGAUAACCCUGAGCAAGGCUGGCCAGGGUUCUGGUUCCAGAAAACCACCUAUUCCUCUCUUGGAGACAUCAGAAGACUGGGAGACUGAGCGGAAGAAGCAGGGAGCCAGAGGCUGGAGGGUCAGCACUGUCAAUGAGAGGUUCGACGUAGCCACGAGCCUUCCUCGUUACUUCUGGGUGCCUAAUCGGAUUCUGGACAGUGAGGUCAGAAGAGCAUUUGGCCAUUUCCAUCAGGGCCGUGGACCGCGCCUGUCCUGGCAUCACCCUGGGGGCAGUGACCUUCUCCGCUGUGGAGGCUUCUGUACAGCUAGUGACCCCAACAAGGAGGAUAUCAGAGCAGUAGAGGCAAUGCUCCAGGCUGGGCAUUCAGAUGUUGUCCUGGUAGACACUAUGGAUGAGCUGCCUAGUCUUGCAGAUGUCCAACUUGCCCACUUGAGGCUGAGGGCCCUCUGCCUGCCUGAUUCAUCUGUAGCUGAGGAUAAAUGGCUUUCAGCCCUGGAAGGAACACGGUGGUUGGACUAUGUCAGGUCUUGUCUCCGAAAGGCCAGUGACGUAUCAGUAUUAGUAACAUCCAGGGUUCGUUCUGUAGUACUUCAAGAGCGCAGUGAUCGUGAUCUCAAUGGCCUCCUCUCUUCACUCGUCCAGCUGCUUUCAGCUCCCGAAGCCCGAACACUGUUUGGCUUCCAAUCACUAGUGCAGCGAGAGUGGGUGGCAUCUGGACACCCCUUCCUGACCCGGCUUGGGGGAACUGAGACCAGUGAAGAGGCCCCAGUGUUUCUCCUCUUCCUUGAUUGCAUAUGGCAGCUCCUCCAGCAGUAUCCAGCUGAGUUUGAAUUCUCUGAGUUUUUCCUUCUUGCUCUUCACGACAGUGUCAGGGUUCCUGACACCCUUACUUUCCUGAGAGAUACUCCCUGGGAGCGUGGAAAGCAGAGUGGACAGUUUAACUCCUAUACGCAAGUCUACACCCCAGGGUACUCCCAGCCCCCAGCUGGGAACUCUAUGAACCUGCAGCUGUCUGUCUGGGACUGGGAUUUACGCUACAGCAAUGAACAGAUACUACAAUUCCAUAAUCCUGGCUAUGACCCAGAGCACUGCCCAGAUUCCUGGCUCCCUAGACAGCAGCCAAGCUUCAUGGUUCCUGGCCCCCCCAGUUCUAUGUGGCUCUUCUCUAGAGGGGCCCUGACCCCUCUGAAUCAGCUCUGUCCUUGGCGGGACAGUUCCUUCCUGCUGGCCGUCUCUUCUCGUUGGCUCCCUCGACCUGCUAUCUCUUCUGAAAGCCUGGCUGACCAGGAAUGGGGGCUCCCCUCACAUUGGGGAGCUUGCCCUUUACCUCCAGGGCUGUUACUGCCUGGAUAUCUGGGACCCCAGAUCAGGCUCUGGAGACGCUGCUACCUGAGGGGAAGGCCUGAGGUUCAGAUGGGCCUCUCAGCUCCCACAAUCUCUGGCCUCCAGGAGGAGCUUUUCCAUCUUCAGGAGCUAUUAAGGAAAUGGACACCAAGAAUAUCUCCUGAGGACCACUCCAAGAAAAGAAAUCCAAACACCAUUCUCCCUAACCCCACUAAAAUUACUGGCAUUCUCAAAGGCAAGGCAGGGGGGAGCUGGGAUGAGGGAGGGUUCUGUCUAAUUCUUCAGUUUUUCUUGUCUGGCCUUGCUGUCUCUAUUCUCACACUCCAGCCCUUGAAUAAGCUCACUUAGUAGACUUGAGUUUCCAUUUCAG